UCAGACCACAGUUAUCCCCCCUAAGUUUUACCAUGAACCGGAAGGAAAAUAGGAGAAUAUAGUACCCAGUUGAAAUGGGCUGUUCAGCCUGUGGCAAUUUUUUUGGAGUGACUUGUGAUAGCUUAAAUGAAAGAUAAGACAUUGUAGUUUGCUGUCAAUUUUUUGUAAGCCCCAAUCUGUGAAGGUAUUGAUUCCAGCUUCCCAUGAUUUGACCCCAAGUUGAAGGCCGCUGUGUGUGUUUCGGCUCGAAACUUCCGGUGAGCAUUGUUGACAGUGGUUACUGCGAAAGCAAGGUGGUGGAUCCUGGACGUAAGUUUGCGUUUUAAGUGACAAGUGGCAGGUUGGUCAGCAUGCAACAGGAGAACAGCCUACGACUGAUAAUAAUUAUGGUGGGCUGUCAUGUCACUGUAGAUAGCAAAGAAGGAAAUUAAUUGUGGUCUGAGGCCUGAUAUGGUGAGGCUAGUGCAUAUGUUUGAUUGACUAUAUCUCUAUUAUUAUGCAAGAUUUUGACUUGAAACUUGGCACAUAUAUUCACAGUAAGUGUUGAAAUCUGUGUACAUGUGUAUUCAGGUUGAAAUAUUUUUUAAUUUUUUUUAAUGAUUUUGUGUACUUUUUCGAACGUGCGAUUUUAUGCAUGUUGUUGAAAUGAGUGAAUGCCAGCAUCAUAAUAAGUCAUAUGAGUUCCAAUAUGGUAGAAUCAUGUAUCACUACACCUGUCGUGCCUCGUUUGCACUUGGACACUUUUAAUAUGGCCAACAUCAAUGCCUUUUUUAAGAAAUACAGAGAGUUAUUUGCUCGGCAUUCAGCCAAAACUGACCAACACGGCACCUGUCAAAACGGCCAAUGUCAGCUGUGGUCUAGGGCAUGUAAGCCCAGUGGAUAUGGGGUUUUGAGAUACUAUUGCCCCAUAUCCAACAAGUGGCGCACCAUAAAUGCCCAUAGACUCAGCUACAUUGUGCAUAGGGAAGAUUUCGACAUAGGUGAUUUGGACAUCAGCCAUUUGUGCCAUAAUUCCAAAUGCACCUAUGUCGAACAUCUUUCUGCUGAGCCUCAUAGCAUUAAUGCAGAAAGAGUAGCCUGUGUGAACAGGGGUGCAUGCAAAGGCCAUGCGCCAUAUGCAGAUUGCCUUUUGGCUUUGAAGCUAUGAAAAGAGACAACAACAAGCAAACCGAGGAACAUGGACCGCUGCCACCAGCUGUUUGUUACACCGCCUCGACACACAACAGAGUACCGGGCACACCUGGAGCAGUCGCCGCUGUAGCACUUGAGGGUUGCUUCGAGCACUCUAGGUUUUGCUUGCUGGCCGGAGUAGGCCGCAACAGCCUCACAGAGGUAGAGAUGCCCUCACAGUCAGGUGUCGACAGCCCAGUGCCAUCCAGCCUAGACUUGGUAACCAGUGAGAAGUCUUCAGCACUCAUCCUAGUGACAGUCCUGGGUAUCUGGGGUGGAGAGUCACUUUCUGUCUCUUCAGACUCAAGGCCGAGGAACAUGGACCGCUGCCACCAGCUGUUUGUUACACCGCCUCGACACACAACAGAGUACCGGGCACACCUGGAGCAGUCGCCGCUGUAGCACUUGAGGGUUGCUUCGAGCACUCUAGGUUUUGCUUGCUGGCCGGAGUAGGCCGCAACAGCCUCACAGAGGUAGAGAUGCCCUCACAGUCAGGUGUCGACAGCCCAGUGCCAUCCAGCCUAGACUUGGUAACCAGUGAGAAGUCUUCAGCACUCAUCCUAGUGACAGUCCUGGGUAUCUGGGGUGGAGAGUCACUUUCUGUCUCUUCAGACUCAAGGGUGAGACCUUUGUUCCAGGGAGUGUGGCCCUUGCUGAACUGUGACUUGAUUCUCUUGCGAUCGCCUUUCAUUGUGAUUGUCUCGGACAGAACUAAUGAGCUCUGAGCACAAGAUGUACCUAUAUACCCCAUGACUGUGUAAUGUCAAUGGCAAUGACAAGCGUGUAAAUGUAUUAGAAACUCUCAAGACAUACAUAUGUCUUGUGCCAGCAGUCCAAAUUGCAGUUGAGCUGUACACGCAGUUUGACACCUUGGCGUGUAUUGGCCGAGUGUCAGCUGAGAGUGGUCACACCUGGUGACUCGCUGCACUUGAUUGGCUGUACACAGCUACCUGUCCCACCAAUCAUUUUAAUGAGUAAAGACAGGGCUUUCAUGUGAAUAAAAAUUUAACAGUU